UCUAAUAUUGAUACUGUACUCAUCGUGCAUUUAAAAUUCGUUGUUUGUUUUCGGGGGUUCGUAGCAAUGUCACAUCCUGUAUGCAGGCAGGUCAGUGAUUCUGCAGCACGUGUUUUCAGACCAUAGACUGUACCAGACAGUGACAGAAAUGAUCGAUAAAGUCUGACCCGCUUCAACUUUUACCACAAAGUUGUUUAUACGGGCGCACUCCAGGAUCCGGUGGCUGGUUUGACUACGGAGAUCCAAACAGCGCUGGCCGCAGUGGUAAACCACAACAUCGUCGUCCGAAGGAGAUGUUGCUGGUCGGUUGCAGACUCGGUCGCAGAUUCGUCAUUUUCACAAAGUGCCUGUGUGUGAAGUGCGGUGACUACUGAAGGUGUCGUUCAAAUAAACAACAAAACCCCAUCACGAGUUAAUGUAACAUGUCAACAUCACGUUGAGACAACAAUAUAAAUCAUAUGGGUGAAAAAAUAAAUUGUGUAAAAAUCUUAUACGGGAUUCGAGACUGCAAGCCGAAGCCGAUUUGUCUUCUGGCCGAAUGACGAUCAGACUACGCCACCGAGUCGCUGUACAGUAUAAUUUACCAUCAUGGUGAACAAGGAUCAACGAGUGGACGCUACUCUGCAGCCAUGUAAGAGUGACUCUAGCGGAGCCAGCAACAGCAGCGGGGAGAGCUCGAAGGAGAGUUCCCGGUGUUCCACGCCACUGCUGGACGCAGACCGGUCGGUCAGGCUGCGGGACAAGAUGCGGAGGAGGAUGGAGUCCGGAGACCACUGGUUCUCACUGGAAUUCUUUCCUCCUCGCACAGCCAGUGGAGCCGUCAACCUCAUCUCAAGAUUUGACCGAAUGGGUUCUGGUGGCCCCCUGUUUAUCGACAUUACCUGGCACCCAGCAGGGGAUCCAGGCUCAGACAAGGAAACCUCAUCCAUGAUGAUUGCUAGCACAGCCGUCAACUAUUGUGGCCUGGAAAGCAUCCUCCACCUGACCUGCUGCAAUCAGACUAAAAAGAAGAUUACUGGUUACCUGGCCAAAGCUAAGCACUUGGGCCUCAAGAACAUCAUGGCACUCAGAGGAGACCCAGUAGGAGCAGACUGGGAAGAAGAGGAGGAAGGCUUCAACUAUGCCAUCGACCUUGUUAAACAUAUCCGUUCAGAGUUUGAUGACUACUUUGACAUUUGUGUUGCUGGCUACCCCACAGGCCACCCUGAAGCAGAGAGCUAUGAGGCGGAUCUUAGACACCUUAAAGAGAAGGUGGAUGCUGGAGCAGACUUUGUAAUCACUCAGUUGUUCUUCAGGGCAGACACUUUCCUCAAGUUUCUGGAUGACUGCAGAGCAAUUGGUAUCAUGUGUCCCAUCCUACCUGGAAUCUUCCCCAUUCAGGGUUACCAGUCCCUGCGUCAGUUGGUCAAGCUGUCAAAACUUGAGGUACCAGAGGAGAUCACAAAGGUCAUCGAGCCCAUCAAAGACAAUGAUGCUGCUAUACGUAACUAUGGAAUCCAACAGGCCAUUGAGAUGUGCCGUGUGCUGCUGGACAGUGGCAAGGUACCAGGCCUUCAUUUCUACACACUGAAUCGAGAGGUCGCCACCAUGGAGGUGCUCCGACAGCUGGGCCUGUGGAUAGAAGACCCAAGGCGGCCUCUUCCCUGGGCAGUAAGUGCCAAUCCCAAACGGAUAGUAGAAGAUGUUAGACCUAUCUUCUGGGCCUCCAGACCCAAGAGCUACAUCUACAGGACCCAGGACUGGGAUGAGUUCCCCAACGGCAGAUGGGGAAACUCCUCAUCUCCAGCUUUUGGCGAGUUAAAUGACUACUACCUGUUCUACUUGAAGAGCAAGUCAUCUAAAGAUGCACUGUUGCACAUGUGGGGUGAGGAGCUGAUGAAUGAAGAGAGUGUCUAUGAGGUCUUCACCAGCUACAUCACAGCCCAGCCAAAUCGCAGUGGACAUAAGGUGAUGUGUUUGCCAUGGAAUGAUGAGCCUCUGGCCCCAGAGACAAACCUGUUGAAGGAUGAGCUGGAAAGAGUGAACAGAAGAGGAGUCUUAACAAUCAACUCCCAACCCAACAUCAACGGCAAACCCUCCACAGACCCUGUAGUGGGCUGGGGACCUGCAGGGGGUUACGUCUUUCAGAAGGCCUAUCUGGAGUUCUUCACCUCCAGUGAAAAUGUGACUGCUCUCCUCAAAGUACUGAAGAAGUAUGAGCCCCGUGUCAACUAUCAUAUUGUUAAUGUUCACGGGCGUAACCUGACAAAUGCCCCUGACUUGCAACCUAACGCUGUGACGUGGGGGAUCUUCCCUGGAAGGGAGAUUGUUCAACCUACUGUAGUGGACCCAGUCAGCUUUAUGUCUUGGAAGGAUGAGGCCUUUGCCCUGUGGAUUGAGCAGUGGGCCAAACUCUAUGAAGAAGAGUCUCCUUCACGGAUGAUCAUCAAGUAUAUUCACAACAACUACUUCCUGGUCACUCUCGUGGACAAUGAUUUUCCUCUAGAGAACUGUCUGUGGCGGGUCAUUGAAGAUAUGUUCGAAAUGCUUGAUGCUCCUCCAGAUCCACCCAACGACGGAACAUCCUGAAAAAAAAAAAAGUAAACUACUUUAAGGAAAGUAGGAGCACUAUGGAACUGUCAAUUGUUUAUGCAUUGUCUGAAAGUUGCUAUUUACAUUGUAGAGCAUAGAGUAAGUGUACUUAACAGUAUUUUUAAAGACUUUUUCUAAAUAUUUUUUUUAACAGCUGAGUGAAUAGAAAUAUGAUGAAUUAAAUUCUUCUUUCUUCCCUAAACUAGACUGGAAACCAGGGAAAGAAACAGGUGUUGGCCAGACUGUUGACCGGAAACCAGGAACGCGUGUCAACCAGACUGCUCAUGGGGAACCGGAACAGAAACAAUUUUUGGCUGGACUGCUGACUGGGGAUUACUCUAUAGUUUGAGAAAUGUUCAGAUGUGGAAGUUGCUGAAUAAUACUCUAAUAUAGAUGUAUAGUGAGGAGAUUGUCCACCCAUUAAGUAACUCAACAAAUGUACCUUUAUAAUUCAUCACCAUUCAGGAGAAUGGUGAUAGAUGGUAAGUAGAAUAAGAGAAGUCCAACCACUACACGCACCAGAAGCCUUGCUUUGAAAUAAUAUAGAUCACAGAGAUAGCUUUGCCAAAUAUAACUAUACAAUCCACCUAGCAGUUUUGACACACAAAAAUUAAUUGCUGAAAAAUUACUACCUCAUAGCAAAGUUUGUUAUUAGUGAAAGAUUUGGCAACCAUGUGAUGUGAUGCAUCCCCCUCAUCUUCAGUCAGUGGUGUGGCCAUUUUUUGCACCUUGUCCCCAGUCUGCAGUUUGACCGACACCUGCCACUCGUCUCCAGUCAGCAGUCCGGCCUGGUUACCCAUUGACAGUCCGGUCGUCACCUGUCCCUGGUUUCCCAUAAGCAUUCUGGUCGACAACUGUUCCUGUCCCUGGUGUCCUGUGGCAUUCCUGCAAAAUACACUGAUCAAAACAAACUAAGGCAGGGGGGUUGUCUUGCUAUUGCCUCUCCAUUGCCCCUGUUGUCACUUUCCUAAAUUAACAGAUUGAUACCCUUGUCGGUGUUAUACUUUGGCGAUAAAGUUUUCCAUUAACUAUUUAUAGCUAUAUAUAUUAACUUAACACUUUUCCUCUCGCCUUCCCAAAAAAGACCCUUUUUGAAGCUUGGGCUCAGUGCCUAAUAAAGGUCUUGCUUUAAGAUUAACAGCACAUUUUAGAGUGGCUUUUUUUCAAGACCAGUCCAAGGCACAUCUGUGCAAUAAUCAUGCUUUAUUAUCAGCAUCAUUUGAUGUGUCACACCUGUUAGGUGGACGAAUGAUGUUGAGUUUUGUGUAGAAAUAAGCUUUUUGUUUGCAUAGAGGAAAUCCUACAUUUCACACCUACAUUUAUGAAAAAUGGGAGUGAAAAUAAUAGCGAGGAUUUUCAAAUUUUGUUAAGUAUAAUUUCACAUUGGUAUACUAAAUAGUGCAUUAUGUGUAGUGUAACUAUAUAAAGAUGCAUCAAUAUAUUGGUAUAAAUUACCCAUUAGUAUACAAUAUCAUCUGAAUAUAAAAUAACAUGCAAAUUCCUUCUGCUCUUACAAGGUUUCCCAACUCUGAAGAGGUAUAAUAUAAGCAAAUAGCAAUGUGAAAGACUAGAAGAGAGCAUGCCAAGAGGUUUGAAAGCGAAAUUGAAAAUUUGGGAUAUUUUCACUGGUUCACUCUUCACAAUUGACCUCAUUCACCAAUAUCCUCUUAAAAUUAUCUCAGAUUGGCUCAUAAGAAUGUUUCUAGGAAAACUCAAUGUCAGACUUAUGUGUUCUUUAACUGCAGAAGUGUUCACACAUGUAAUCUUGUAUUGAGGAUUCCCAUAUCUCCGUAAAUUGAAAGUGCUUGCUGGUAAUAUGGCCCAUUAAUAUGGCUUAUGGACACUUAAGGGCAUGAGACUGCUCUGGCCUGUGGAAAUCCUGGAAACCACAAUUUCAAUACAAUACAAUUGUAUUGGAUUUGGCUGCAAAACUGUUUACCGCUGAAACUCCAAAGGUCUUCUGUGGACUCAGACACUUCACUCACCCCUCCAUCUGCAUAGUGGCGAGUAGAUAAUGAGGGAAUUUUUACUUUCUAGCCACAGAAUCUGCAAUCAGGUUGAGGCAUGCCGCUGCUUUGUCUGACGAGGUCGGGUUCUACGCGAAUAUGUAAAAAUGUUCUCUUCAACACGUUUUACAUAGAAAAUACCUAAAAGUGGUUGAUGGAUGUUGGACCAAUGGAUACCUAGAAUCUGGUCAAGAUUACACCUUACAUCUACACAAACCUCUGUAGGUCAAGCUUGUGUUGAGCUAUAGGUGUUGACAUAGCACCCAACCUCAGGAAUUUAAAAAUAAACAAAUUAAGUUUUCUGAUAUGAACUCUUUUAUUAAACAAAAUGGAAGCCCCAGAAAACACACACAGAGACAAAAUCCCCAUAAUGGUAUCUUUUUGGUGCCUACUAACUGAAUAUUUCAAUAAACAUGUUUUAUUUCCAGCAUCAAAGUCUUUUUAUUCCACACUUCCUCCUUUGCCUUUCCUUUUGUUUAAGGGCUCUACCUGGAUCUUUGCUUUUUCAAUUUCUUCUUCACUGCUCAUCCUCUCUAAAGGCUCCUCUUACAUCUUCAGUCCAUGUAACUAAUCGAGCUGUAUUGUCAGAAUUGUUAACUGAUAUGCUCUUACACCAGAAGGGACUUUCGUUGGAACCUUGUCCUUGCAUUCUAGAGAUCACUUGGUUUGACAAACUAAAUAUUAACGAAGGUUUACAGAUCAAAUUCCCUAACAAAAUUAUCAUUUGGCUAUUUAACAUGAACUUAUCCCCAAAACACAAUGGCAAAGGUCCAAUUUCUUAACAUCCCUUUGAUGUAAUAUAAAUUGUUGAACUAUAUCAGUUAGUUUUACUUAUUUGUUUACAUGUGUUGUCAAUCAUACUUACUAUGGGUGUUUUGAGAGUGAUAAAGAUUCAGGGGAACAAUGGCUGGAGAUGGUCUCAUCGAUGCUUGCCUUACCUGUAAAUUGAAAUAAAUGCAAGAAUAAAUAAAUGAUAAAAAAAACA